UUCUCCAGACACGCGUGUUUUUCCCCCCCUCAUCCUUUCAUGAUGAAGUGUGUCAUUGGGGGCGCCCGUGUCAGAGUGUUUGGAAGGGCUCUGCAUGCCAUCGGGAGGAUCAGCGAUGAAUUCUGGAUCGACCCAAAGGAAAAAGGACUUUUCCUGAGGACGGUAAAUAGUUCCAGAUCUGCCUAUGGCUGUGUCUUCUUUUCAUCCACGUUCUUCCAAAAUUAUUCCUAUGGAAACGCCACUGAAUGGAGCCUGAAUGGGGAGACUGUUCAAUUCGCAUGUAAAUUAAUAAUCAAGGCCAUUCUGCCUUUGUUUCGAUGCUUGCACACACACGAAAGAAAUGUGGAAAAGUGCAACAUUUACACAGACGUGAACGACUGCCAUAUUGUUUUUAAGCUAUUCUGCAAACACGGUGUCGUGAAAACUCACAGCUUAGCUUUCCAGGAGUGUGAGCCUCUUCAAGCUGUGUUUGCAAAACAUUUGUGUACCAAUGUACUGAAAAUCCACUCCAGGCAGCUGUCUGACAUGCUGAUCCACUUUCCGACGUACCAAGAAGAAAUAACAUUAGGUGUAACGCCAAUGAAAGUUUGCUUCAAGACUUACAUAGAGGAUGAGAUGGAAUUUGCAAAGGCAACACAUACGGAAAUCCAUCUCAGUCCUGAUGAAUUUGAAUAUUUUCAAGUCGGGGUAGAUUCGGAAGUCACAUUUUGCCUUAAAGAACUACGGGGUCUUCUGGUGUUCGCAGAAGCUCUCAGCGUCCCAGUCUCCGUCCAUUUUGACGUAUCUGGAAAGCCGGUCGCCUUCAGCCUCGAGGAUACGGCAAUAGAAGCACUGUUUGUUUUGGCCACUUUAUCCGGUACCGAAAGCUGCACAGCGACCAGUAAAUCACAAGCCAAAACAGGUAAAUGUUAUUUCAGGCCAAGAUUUCUUGUAAAACACUCCUUUUCAGAUAAGGGGACUGUCUCUCUCUCUCUCUUUCUCUCUCUCAGUAUGGGAAAGGAGGGAAAAAGUCACGUUCUCGGGAGAGAACUUCCUAGAAAGAUAUUCUUGUCCUCAUCCAAAGAAUAUCCCAGGCGUCCGAAUAUAUUUCAGGUUCUGCAGGCAGCCAAGUGUGGCAGAAGCCAGACGAGAAAACGUCCUUCACGGGGGCCCCGCCUUAGAGAGAAGCAAUCAACAAACCGCCAGCUGCAGGAGGAACGCACCCAUGGCUCCCUCCGAGGGCUUCUCCACAGGGGAGGAACCCCUGGUCCCAACUACAAUAAGUUUCAUUCCUUGUUCUUCGGAGCAGUUUCCCCUAACGAGCAAAGCGAUGCCGGUUUGCUUCCCAAUUUGGCAGCGGUGAGCGACGCAGAAGAGGAGUGCGCCCACGGGCAGCUCUCUCCGACGUUUUAACCGCCGGAC